AUGGCAGUGAAAAGGAGUAAGAAAUUACGUACAGAACCAGGCAAGUCAGUUUGUGCCGCCGAUAUUUUAAUAAAAACAACUAGUAACAAAAGUGUUCAAAAUAAGAAAUCCAAAAGAUUUGAAAACUAUCAGGAUAAUUUUAAUGAUAUAGAAAGCAGCAGGCAAGAUUGUGAGAUAAAUAUAUUAGAAGAAGUGACUACUGAAAGAGACAUAGAAGAAAAUGAGCUCGUAUUGGAUGAUAAAAUAGGAUUUUUUUUAAAAAACACACCUGAACAUAUUGAAACUACCCAGAAGAUAGAACAUGAAGGUAUAGUUUUUCCGUCCAAUAAAUCUAACGAAACGCCUUCGACGUCAAAUGAAAAUGUUUAUAGAAAUAAUUUACAAAUGUUCCUAUGGUCAAAUAUAUCCCAUGUGCUUUAUAAUCCAGAUAGUCUCAGUAAAAUCUGUAUAACAGUUAUAAAUAAUAAUAUGAUUUCUACUCCUCUAUCACCAAAUGAUGUGCAUUUAUUAAGCAAAAAUCGAAAAUGUGACAAAGAGAACUUGCCAUUUAUAGUGAUAAAUGAUAAUGAUUUGCCACCAUGUUUGCAACCAACAAAUCAAACAAAUGUUACAAUAACUUCCAAUGUAAAAUUAGACUGUAAGGAAAGAAAAACACAGAAAAACUUAAGGAUCCAAAUAGAUGCUGGUGCUAAAGUUAUUACGCAAUCAGCACUGAAAAUGAAAUUAUUUACAAGGGAUACAAUAAACAAUGAUUCAAGCGUAACGGACAAAAAUAAUGAAUACAUAAAUAUGCAAAAAGAAGAAAAUACAACACGAAAACGAAAAAGUAUGACUAGAACCACAUGCGUAAAGCGUGAAAAAAGGAGUAAAAUUAAUAAAAUCAAAACAAAAUCAAGGAAAACAACAUCUGUGAAUAAGAAGAAAUUUAAAAAAAAAAUUAGUGAAUCAAGCUCUGAAAUUUCCGACUUUCAAUUGAGUAUAGCAGAAUCAGAUGAUUCGGAAUAUGAAACAUUAAAUGACUACAUAAAAAUCUGUUUACAAGAUCAGUCGGAAAAAAGAAAACUUGGAGCCGGACCCGAUCCCGUUUGGGAUCAGUGA